GCUAUCAGGAAAUCCCUGUCACUUUUUUUGAGGGGAGGGAACCACACCAGGGGUCACCAAAAUGUCUAUCACCGUAGAGGAGAAGAACUUCGGCCUGGCCGUCAAUCCGCUCACCGAGUCCCGGGAAAUGGUGCGCUGCUACACCCUGAAGAACACCAAGGGCAUGUCCGUUUCGGUCAUCCAACUGGGUGCCAUAAUCCAGAGCAUCUCCCUGCCCGACGGCAACAAGAAGGUGGACGACGUUUGCCUUGGUUUCGACGACGUCGGUGGCUACAUGGCCAACAGGGGGGCCUACAUCGGCGGAACCCUGGGGCGAGUGGCCAACCGAGUGGCCAACGGCGAGUAUACGGUGGACGACACUACAGUCAAUGUAACAAAGAACAUCCAGGACAAGUUCCAGCUCCACGGCGGAUUUGUGGGAUUUGACAGCGUCAUUUGGGAGGUGGUGCAGAAGACGGCAGAGGGCGUGGUGUUCCGGCAUGAGUCACCCGAUGGUCACGAGGGGUAUCCGGGAACUCUAACCUGCCGAAUCACCUACCGACUGGACAAUGAGAACCGAUUGUCGAUCAGCUACGAGGCCACCACAGAUCGCGAGACGGUGGUCAAUCUCUCGAACCACGCAUACUUCAAUCUAGCAGGUCAUGGAUCAGGAGCCAGAGGUCUGGCGCAGCACACGGUGGAGAUAGCUUCCAGUGAGAUUGUAGAAACGGAUGACUCCCAGAUCCCCACUGGAAGCUUGACCAUUGUGAGUGGCACUGUAUUUGAUCUAAGGUCGCCCGUUCUACUGGGCGAUCGCCUACCGCAGUUUGAGAAUCGUUUGAUCAAAGGCUUCGACAACUGCUACGUAGUCAACGGAGGACAAGUGCUGAGAUCUGUCGUCAAGGUGGCCAAGAUUGUGCAUCCGCCCAGUGGCCGGUCGCUGGAGGUCUGGACAGAUCAGCCUGGCAUGCAGUUUUACACAGCAAACAAUAUGAGCACAAUUGCUGGCAAGAAGGGAUCUCAAUACGUGAGGCACGGAUCCUUCUGCGUGGAGACGGAAAAGUUCCCCGAUGCCAUGAACCACCCAACGUUCCCAUCAAUCCAUCUGGAGCCCAACGAAACGUAUCGUCAUGAAGUGGUUUACUGGUUUAAGGUCGAGAAGAUCUGCAGGUGCUGCUAUAAGAAUUAGCCGGGACCCCUUACAAAUAAAAUCUUAAUAAGUACCUUAAAUUAAAUUACCUUAAGUUAAA